AGGAGAAUUAAAACAACUGAGGCGGGGUCUCGCGAAAGGAUUGCGUAUCCUACAUAUAUUGUUGGAAAGCAGUCCGAGUCUCUUCCACCUAGUUUUUAAAGGGCGGGGGAGAAUUUGGGUGUUGCCUAUUUGCGUCGACCUCGACAAAGAGUCUAGCGGCUAAAAACAUCGGAUUAUUUUCAUUCAACAACCGCCUGGCCUAGUGUCUCUUGCCGGUCACCUCACCACCGAAAGGGAUCUGAAAACUUCAACCAUGGGAGUCGAAGGCUGCACUAAAUGUAUCAAAUACUUGCUUUUCUUCUUCAACUUCAUCUUCUGGCUCGCAGGAGGUGUGGUCCUGGGCGUGGCACUAUGGCUUCGACAUGACGGCCACACCAGCAGCCUGCUAGAGUUGAAGUUUGACGGCCAACAAGCACCAACCACCUUCUUAAACAGUGUUCACAUCCUGAUCGCUGUUGGCGCGGUGAUGAUGGUUGUCGGGUUCCUCGGCUGCUAUGGUGCCAUUCAGGAGUCUCAGUGUCUUCUUGGAACAUUCUUUGCCUGCUUGGUGAUCCUGUUCGCUUGUGAGGUGGCAGCUGGAAUCUUUGGAUUCAUGCACAAAGAUUCGAUUUCCAAAGAGCUGAUUACCUUCUACGACAAUGUGUAUGACAACUCUCUAGCAAACACUUUAACAGACCAGGACAAGAAACAGGCUGCCGCUGCUGUGCUGAAGGUCUUCCAUGAGACAUUGGAUUGCUGUGGUAGGGGCAUCAGCAACCCGUUCACUACGUUAUUCACCCAAGGUUUGACAGACAUCUGCCCCAAGACAGUCUCCGCUUCCACUUCAGACUGUCAUGUGAAAAUCAAGGAGCUCUUUAAUGAGAAAGUUUACCUGAUUGGUAUCGCUGCCCUGAUAGUUGCUAUUAUUAUGAUCUUUGAGAUGACCUUUAGCAUGGUCCUGUGCUGUGGGAUCCGCAACAGCCCGGUGUACUAAAGUCCAGGGGGAAGGAGCAAGGGCUAGUGACCUCUGGAGACACUAGCCAAUGACUGAAGGAAAAUAUUUAUCUUCCUUUAUUUGGUUUUUAUAGCCUGUCACUUCCUCAAAUAGUUGCUUGCCAAUUUUGUCAGUUGUACAAGAUAAAAAAUGCAUCUUCUCACACAGUUUUUGAUAAUACAGUACCAACUAUUCUUGUCAGUCACAGAUAGCUGUUCAAUAUUUUGACUAAUGUUAGUCUGUACAAAAUGUUGAGGUUUACAUUGGCAUAGCAUUUACACACACACACACACGCACACACACACACACACACACACACACACACACGAGUACAGAUGCUGGAAUUAUUUUGUGUUAAUUGUGAAGUAUUUCUACUUUGCUGGAGUCCAAAACAUUGUAUUCUGUUGGUUUAUCAAUCUCUUUUCAAAUGAAUAUGUAUAAACUGUAUAUAUUUGCAGUGCUUUAUGACUGUCAAGCAUGGAUAUUGUAUUGAAUCCCUUCUCCCCAGAAUUUUCUGCACUAACUGCUUGUCUGCCUGAGUUUUCUCCAGAGAGAACAACCAC